AUGACCCCCGGCUUUGCGAGGAAUAGCCGAGGACAUUUGCCGGGCUGUGUGUGCAAAGGCUGCAGUCCUGCGCUGCAGGACCGGGCAUCGACAGGUCACCUGCCAGGAUGCAUCUGCAAGGCUUGCCGCUUCGGCGCCGCUUCGGCGGCCGCCCCGGUCCGGCCGGCAGGGAAGCCGCCGAGCGGCGGCCACGCGGAUCAGCAAGCCGGAGGCGAGGAAUCCCCGCGCUCGGAGCUUGAGGUUCCGUCGGUGCAGGUGCUGCAGGCCCUGGACAAGGAGCUGGCGCGGGGAGCCGGGCCUGAGGCGCCCAAGGCGCCUAGGCCGGCGCCGGCCGAGGUGAUCAGCCUGAAGGAUGUCCUCAGUGAAGCCUUCAGACCCAAGGAUCUGGAGGAAGCGCAGCCGCGGGCGAACGAGGGCGAGAGAGUUGGCGGCGCCCGGCUCGGCGCUCGCCCCGGGAGGGCCGAGACCACGCUGGACGCGGCGUCGCUGCACGCCUACGCCGAGCUGCAGGCGGCGCUCGGCGAGGCCGCGGGCCCGUCGGCCAGCGUGACGUCGACGGAGGAGGCGGCUCCGGCGCCGAAGCCGGUUCUGCAGAAGGACCUCGCUUCGGAGGUCGCCGCCUUCGCAGCGUCGCUGGGUUUGGAUGGCCCCACGCAGGGGAAGGUCCUGGAGCUGCUGUCGCCCGCGGGCCCCGAGCGGGGCCUGGAGGAGCUGCAGAAGAUCCAGGCGGCGCUGACCCGGGCGAGAAAUCCGAUCGGCUUCUUGAAGAUCAAGCUGGACGACCUCGAGCGCGCCCAGGACAGCCCCGCUCGGAAGAUCCAAUGCUUCCACUGGAAGCAGGGCACCUGCAGAUAUGGGGAGAGGUGCAAGUAUGCCCACACCAUCGUGGCAGGGCUGCAGGUGUCCAGCACCGGCCAGGUGAUGGGCCAGGACUUCGGGCCGCCGCCGAAUGCAACCAGCGCAGGCGGAGGCCGCAGAUCCCGCAGCAGGUAG